UCAUCGCUUCCGCCUGCGCCCCCGCGAAAUGCGUCCGCCGCCCAUCGGGCCCAUCGAUCGACCCCAUCGCUGCUAUCGAUCGAGCGCCACUCCGGGGGCGGGGGGAGGGGCGAGCAUCGGCUCCUGGGCGAGCGGCGGGGCCGCCUGGCGACUUGGAUGUCACAAAAGGACUGGUAUCGUAUUCUGGGUGCAGAACCAUCAGCGAAUCUGUCGGACCUAAAACAGAAGUAUCAAAAGCUUAUAUUAUUGUAUCAUCCAGACAAACAGAGUGCAGAUGUGCCAGCCGAAACCGUGGAGGAGCGCGUGCAGAGGUUCAUCGAAAUUGAUCAGGCGUGGAAGAUUCUAGGGAACGAAGAGACGAAGAGAGAGUACGACCUGCAGCGGCGAGAAGAUGAUCUAAGAAACGUGGGACCAAUACAUACUCGAGUAUAUCUUGAAGACAUGUCCUGGAAUAAAGACGAACAGUGUUACGCUUUCAGUUGCCGAUGCGGUGGAAAAUAUACUGUCUCGAAGGAGGAAGUGGAAGAAGUUAACCUGAUUUCUUGUGACACGUGUUCACUAAUUCUAGAAAUUCUCCAACCCAACUGAAGUAAUUUCAUACGGUGCACCAGAAAAACUGCUCAGUACAUAGAGAAGGAGGCGACGGGUUUCGUCCCACUGAGAGAACACAGAUUUCAAAUCAGAUCCAUUUUGGGGUGCACUCUGGGAAACUGAUGAAAUUUCAGCCUUAGUACUCUUUAUAAGGAUAACCAGGGAAAUAUAAUUUCAAGGAGCUCCCCCGUGAACUGAAUUAAAAUGGGAAUAAUUUUUCAUACUUGGUGAAUUCUAGCCAAGCUGCUCAUCCUCCUCACUCCCUGACUUUCAGGGGAAGGAGAGAUAGGCACCCCCUUUAACAAGUUGGUCAUGUGACUAUUCAGCCUGCCAGAAUUUUCAUGGUGACUUCAUAUUUUUCAAUAAAAAUGGAACAUAAAAUUUA